GGCUGCGGGGCACACAGUCCCCCGAAGGCUGUGGAGGGACGCGGCGGGUCCUUUGGUGUCCUGGAGGCCACCGCAGGGCUGCGCCAGCCGGUGACUUCCCGAAUCGACGGCUCCGGGCCGGCCCAUGGCGGAGGCGCGGGGGCCGCGGCGCGGUGGCGUGCAGCACGAGCUGCUGGAGAAGGUGGCGCGCCUGCAGCGGGGCGCGCGGCACGCGGAGCCGGAGGUGGCGGCGCGCAGGGCGACGGGCGACGGCGGCUCGGGCUCGGGCUUCUGGUGCUGGCGGCGGCUGUUCGCGCGCGGGGCCCGCGGGGCGCGCCGGAGGAAGGGCAAGUUCGCGCGGCCCGGCGCGGCGGCCCCGGAGCGCGGCGUGUGGGGGCCGCCGGGGCUGCAGAGGCUGCUGCAGAGGCUGGCGACGUGGCGCCGCCGCUACCUGCGGCGAGGGGAGCGACCCGAGGGCCUGGAGGAGAUCCCGCUGCUGGUGCUGGACCGCAAGCGGGCGGCCGCCGACUAGGGGCGCCCCGGUCGGCCUCGCCAGCGCGCGCAGCGGCCUCGGGUCCGUUAGGUUUUGUAAACGAGAGCAAGAAGUGAAAAUAAACCUCGCACUGUAUGAAUGAAAGAA